AUGGCAUCGCAAAAGAAUAAUGACAAAUAUGGAUAUCCAAAGCUCCUCAACAACGGUGAUUACACAGGGGCCAUUAUAAACACUCCUAUUAAGCCUUUGGAUGCUCUCCAAACCAACUGUACGGAACACAUGGUUGUCUGGCAAUGGGAUGAAUGCACUGGUUGGCAAGCUCCAGAAAUUCGACCUUAUGGACCGCUACCUAUAAUGCCUAGCGCCAGUGUUCUUCAGUACGCAACAGAAUGUUUUGAGGGUAUCAAAAUCUAUCGAGGGUAUGACGAUCGGUUACGGGUGUUCCGGCUGCACCUCAACUGCGAACGGAUGCUGAAAUCAUCUCUUCGCGUGGGGUUGCCCGCAUUUGAUCCGGUUCAUUUUGAGUCCAUUCUUAUGCAAUUCGGAGCGUUGGAGGCUGAAAAAUGGCUUCCUAGCGGUCAAACCGGUCAAACAUUAUAUCUGCGACCAACCCAUAUUGGGACAACGGCUGCUCUUGGAUUACAGAAGCCUCGACAAUCUUUGUUAUACGUCAUUGCGACAUUGCUGCCAGGCUUCUCUACUAAAGGAAAUGGUAUGAAAUUACUAACUUCACCAACCGAAGUUGUUCGCGCUUGGCCAGGGGGAUUCGGGAAUCGAAAGCUUGGAGGCAAUUAUGGGCCAACUCUUCCUGCACAUGAAGCGACCCUUCAGGCAGGUUUUGAUCAAGUGCUCUGGCUCUUUGGACCUGAGGGAUUCGUUACCGAAGCAGGAGCGAGUAACUUUUUUGUCGUAUGGAAGACGAAAACAGGUGACAUUGAGCUUGUCACCGCAGGCCUAGAUAAUGGCACAAUAUUGGAAGGCAUUACACGGUACAGUGUUUUGGACUUGGCACGGUCCAAAAGCUGCCAAAUGUCAGCUUGGCAAUACCAUGAACAUAUCCUUCCUCCGUUGACGGCUGUCGAAAGAGAUUUCUCUAUAAAUGAGAUUCAAGAUGCCGCGGUAGAAGGUCGACUUAUUGAAGCUUUUGCAGCAGGAACUGCGUAUUUUAUCACAUCUGUCGAAGUUAUCCACCACCAAGGAAAAGAUAUACAAAUACCUCUUCCAGCUGCCGGAUCUGCAUCAUACGCUUUGUUGAUUAAAGAAUGGUUGUCAGAUAUUGUAUUCGGUGUACAGGGCUCUCACGAAUGGACUACAGAGAUUUAG